AUGUUCUCGCGGACUCCUUCUGGCGUAUUUCGCCUGAACUCCUGGUUCCAUAGUGAACGUCUGCAUAAACGCCUAUCCUUAACAUGGAUUUCCUUAUCCCUCGUCGCAAUUGGAGGUGCGAUUGUCUUCUACAUUUUUGCCCUUCCACAACUUCUCAGACUACGCAUCCGCACCGACUUGAGUUGGUAUGACCUAGGAGCUGAAGGGUUUGGACCGGAUCGAAGCUACCUCUCUUUCGACGAAGAAUCACCGAAAAUUGAAGUCUCCCCACCUGGAGCGAAAUGCGACUCCCGGUACACAUUCCUAGCGCCUCGAGGCGAUUCAAUCGCCCAUCCCGGUCCGAUGAUCCUAGACGCCGCCGGGGAACUUGUAUGGACUAAAUGGAACUCGGGCACGACCCAAGACUUCAAAGUCCAGCGGUAUAAAGGCAAGGAAUACCUCACAUAUUGGCAAGGAGACACAGACGACAACUAUGGCCGGGGAUCAUGGUACAUGCUUGAUUCGACCUAUACCCAGAAGUACGAGAUAUCGCCCAUUGGCAUGUUUGACGGCGACCUGCACGAUUUUCAAAUCACCUCCAACGAUACCGCGAUCCUGAUGAUUUACGACCCCAUCCCGGUAGAUCUGAGUUCUGUUGGGGGCCCCGAGCUGGGAUGGAUGUAUGAUGGAGUGUUUCAAGAAGUCAACCUUGAAACAGGAGAGCUUCUGUUCCAAUGGCGUGCUUCCGACUUCUACAGUCUAGCCGAUAGUUACCAUCCGAUUGGAGAUACUGGUCACGGGCGAACCUCGGCAUACGACUGGUUGCACAUAAACAGCGUGGACAAGGAUAGCCAGGGCCGGUAUCUGGUUUCGAUGCGUCACACUCAUACCAUCGCAUGCAUAGAUGGUACCAACGGCGAGGUCAUCUGGUCCUUGGGUGGAAAACGGAACAACUUUACCGACAUUUCUGAUGGAGCUGCUACUGAUUUCUCAUGGCAGCACGAUGCUCGCUGGCGAGGAUCAAACCGUCUUAGCCUAUUCGAUAACGCAGCGUAUUCCAACGACAACCCCUCCGCAGUUAGCCGUGGUAUGAUGGUUGAUCUAGACUUUGAAGAAAGACAAGCGACAUUAUUGCAGUCCUAUGAGCACCCCCAGGAUAUGAUGGCCGUGUCUCAAGGAAAUGUGCAGGUACUCGACACUGGAAACGUAUUUGUGGGCUGGGGCCAUUCUGCGGCCUUUACCGAGUUCUCCCCAGAUGGCGAGGUUGUAUGCAAUUCACACUUCGGAGCCUCUGCUUGGUUCACUUUUGGUCGCGUCGUUUCGUAUCGUGUGUUCAAAUUUGACUGGGUUGGCAAUCCACUCACGUCCCCGGAAGCAGCACUUACACCAAACAGUGUCUUUGUGAGCUGGAACGGUGCGACUGAAGUAGCAUCUUGGCUGGUGGAGACAUGGGACCACAGAAGCUUGACCAACAUGACUUUCACCGCUGUUGACCAGGUCCCCCGUGACGGAUUCGAAACGGAGAUUCCGUUGGCUGCCGAGGUGGACUCGUUCUUCCGCGUUCGCGCAAUUCACUCGAAUGGAGACAGCCUUAGUGUGACAGAGGUGCUCCACCGGCCGCCGGUCUCUUCCGAAGAAGGCUUAUAUGGGAAUCCGUGGGCCCUCGGCGCUGUUGUGCUUGUCGCGCUUGGCUGUCUGGUUUGUGGUGUCUAUUUCGCUGUUCACCGUCGACUUCUCCAAAGAUCUGAAUCCAGUGGUCCAUAUCAACUGGUGCCUCGAAAGGAUGAAGAGGAUGGUGAUGAAAAUGAACGUCUACCAUUAUAG